AUGAACACCAAAACUCAAGCUGGCCAGGAUACGGAACAACUCGAAGCUCUUUUCCGCAUAUAUCCCGAAGACUUAUUUACGAAUGCCGUUGAUCACGAAGGGAACAACGGGAUUCUUCUUGCCGCAGCUGAGGAUGCUGGGUUGGAUACUGUCAAAUGGUUAGAACAGAAGGGAGUUUCUAUUAACCAGAGGAACUAUUAUGGCAGAACUGCAUUGAUGGAGGCUACUCUAUGGGGAUGUCUUGAAACCGUCCAAUUCCUCAUCGAUAGAGGUGCAAGUAUAUCUGCAGAGGAUGCUAACAGACACCGUGCAGCCAACUUUGCCGCUGAUUCCGAAUGGAACGAAGAAGAGCGCAUAUCUCGAGCAAAUAACAUAGUGAUGGUACGCCCGGAUGCGAACAGGAAGCGGAGGCAAAUUCUGGCUUGCUUGACGAGACACGAAACCAUGGGCCGGAGUCUUCUCAACAGGGCAGAGCCAUCGCAAAUCCAUCAAGGGUAUUUUGGAACAGUCUUACCCCAAAUCACCAACAGCCUGAGGAUUGCAUCGAGUAAUCCACGAUCGUUACAAUCUUGUGGCAGUGUUCCUGCCAAAAAUCAAUCAGAAUACGCAAUGGGUAUAAGUGGCUUACAUACUUUCGAGUUUUAG